CUCAGUGAGGCGCCGCGGUCGUCUGGCAGCGCAGCCAUGGCUUCCGUGCGGGCACCGGUAGCGCGCGGCGGGGCUCGGCCCGCUCCUGUAAGGGCCCCCGCGCCGCCUGAGCCCACGAAGAGCAAACCAUCAGAGGAGGGCGAUGCUCCCCCUGCCAAGAGAGCACCCAUCUUCUAUGGCAGCCUGGAGGAGAAGGAGCGGGAGCGGCUGGCAAAGGGAGAGUCUGGGCUUCUGGGGAAGGAGGGGAUGAAGGCUGCUCUCGAGGCCGGCAACAUCAACAUCAGCAGCGGUGAGGUCUUUGAUUUGGAGGAUCACAUGAGCGAGCGGCAGGCGGAAGUCUUGGCUGAGUUUGAGCGCAGGAAGCGAGCCCGGCAAAUCAACGUCUCCACGGAUGACUCUGAAGUGAAAGCCUGCCUGCGAGCCCUCGGGGAGCCCAUAACGCUCUUUGGAGAAGGUCCUGCUGAGAGGAGGGAGAGAUUAAGAAAUAUCCUCUCAGUGGUCGGCACAGAUGCAUUGAAAAAGACAAGGAAAGAUGACGACAGAUCUAAAAAGUCUAAAGAAGAGUAUCAGCAGACUUGGUACCAUGAAGGACCACGUAGUCUAAAAACAGCAAGGCUGUGGCUUGCUAACUAUUCGCUUCCCAGGGCAGUGAAGCGUCUAGAAGAAGCCCGGCUGCUCAAAGAGAUUCCAGAGGCAACCAGGACAUCGCAGAGACAAGAACUACACAAGUCCCUACGAUCCUUGAAUAACUUCUGCAGUCAGAUUGGGGAUGAUCGCCCGCUGUCCUACUGCCACUUCAGCCCCAACUCCAAACUCCUGACUACUGCCUGUUGGAGUGGACUGUGCAAGCUGUGGUCCGUGCCUGACUGCAACCUUGUUCACACCUUACGAGGACACAGCACCAAUGUAGGAGCAAUAGUCUUCCAUCCCAAAGCCACCGUCUCCCUCGACAAGAAGGACGUCAACUUGGCCUCGUGUGCAGCUGAUGGUUCUGUCAAACUCUGGAGCCUUGAAAGUGAUGAGCCAGUGGCAGAUAUUGAAGGACACAGCAUGAGAGUGGCACGUGUGAUGUGGCACCCCUCUGGGAGGUUCCUGGGCACUACUUGUUACGAUCACUCGUGGCGCUUGUGGGACUUGGAAGCCCAGGAAGAGAUCCUUCAUCAGGAGGGGCACAGCAAAGGGGUCUAUGACAUCGCCUUUCACACGGAUGGGUCUCUUGCUGGGACUGGUGGACUGGAUGCUUUUGGCCGAGUGUGGGAUUUGCGCACCGGGCGUUGUAUCAUGUUUCUGGAAGGCCACCUGAAAGAGAUCUAUGGACUUAACUUCUCCCCAAAUGGAUACCACGUUGCAACUGGCAGUGGUGACAAUACUUGCAAGGUAUGGGACCUCCGUCAGAGGAAGUGCAUCUACACCAUUCCUGCCCAUCAGAACCUGGUGACUGGGGUGAAAUUUGAACCCAAUCAUGGUAACUUCCUGUUGACGGGCGCUUACGACAACACCGCAAAGAUCUGGACUCACCCUGGCUGGUCCCCUCUGAAAACACUGGCUGGUCAUGAGGGAAAGGUGAUGGGACUGGAUAUCUCCCUCGAUGGGCAGCUGAUAGCAACGUGCUCCUAUGACAGAACCUUCAAGUUGUGGACAGCAGAGUAGCUCAAAGGCACUGCUGAUGAACUGGGAUAGCAAUGUUAAUAAUGCCUUUGAACUAAGACCUGGGUUUUUAUAUAUUAAAUUUUUAAAAAAGGAAAGGAAUCGGCUGUUGCAACAUGUGUCACAGUGGCUGUGGUCACUAGCUGGUCUUGGUUUCCUGGUUGAGGCAGUUUUGAAGCAUCUGUGCUGACCAGGGCUUGGUUGGAGUCAAAGCUGGGAUGAUGUUCUUCCACUUUUUAGGACUUCUGCUUUAUAUUGCAGAUAGUGGUUAUCUGCAGUAAUUUGGAGAUGAACUACCUUCUUCCACCUUCCUUCUAGGACAGGCUCACAGGUUUGCUCCAGUCUGUUUUACACUUGUGUAGGUAGCCACACUGCACUUCAUGUAUGGUCUGUUGUAUGUUCUCUUGUUUUCUUACCUUCUCUUUUCCAGGAUGCUGUUAACAGCAGUCUGUGUCUUCAAAAAAUAAAGCAGAGUUAGCUGUUAGA